UGUUUGUUUGUUUGUCUGUCGUUGUUCCCUGUUGCUUCCUCUGGCGAUCUUCGUUCAACCGCACGUUACACACAGCACACGUCCCUCAAUCUCAAGAACACUCCAAGCCCUCCUCUUUGUCGAGCAAUUGUCCACUCCAUCCACUGUCUUUCUACAUCUUCUUCAACCGCCAUCAAAGGACGACCUUUUCGCGUCCUACAAUUGCAAAAAAUAAUUCUCUUUCAUUACAACAGUCGAAGGCUAUUCCUUUCUCAAGACAUCGAGUCAGUCUCCCUUUAUUUUGCAAUUUCCCCUUCUCGGACAAUCUCACUCCCUCGACAUCCCGCCAUUUCACACAGCUGUAGGAUGACACUCGACAGCAGGAUACAAUCGCCCCCUGUUGCUUCUCAAGAUGCUAUUUCCAUCUCGAUCGAUCCACCAACGCCUGUCUCUGCCUUGACAAGGCCACACAUCCACCAGCAUCCGCAACAACACGACUUGCACCCGAUCUGCACAGCAGACCUGCGCUUACACAACGAUGUAUCCGACAAGGACCACAGAAACGAAGAUCUCGACUCUUUCAGCCCAGACAGUGCGAUCACUCAAACCACACCGACCUACGAGAACACAAAAGAAACCGUUGACCCUUCAUCCUCCUCCUUUACGUUCCCACCAUCCCCGAACGAGUUCCACACCGAGGACGACGAUCGCUUGCAUCGACAUCCGCUGAAAGUGCGAAGCUCACUCUAUACCCGAUUCUUUCGUCUGGACCAGCCAGAGACCCGCUCCAGUGCAAUUGUGCGAUCCAGCUGGCUUCCGACCGGGGCGCUGUUCCUGAUUCGGUUUAUAUUGUUCGUGUACGCGUUUACGGUGCUGGCGACGGAUAUUCAUAUGACGGAUCGGCCACGAUACGAGUUCUGUUACCUGACUCAGCUCUCGUAUCUGGGACUGACCUCUUAUCUUGGAGUAAGUAAGAGUGAGCUCCCAAAGGAUGUGUGCUGGGUGGAUGGGUGGGGGGGACCUGCGCAUUUUUUUUAUUUUUUAUUUUUUGGUCUGUAGUAGCAUCCCAUGGGCAUUGGACAGGAAGAUAAUGGCUGUAAUUAAUAAUAAUGGGCCCCGCCGCACCAUACGCACGCACAUAUUGCCGGAUAUUUUAGGUCCCGCGCCCAUUGAAAAUCUAAACCCUUUGUCAGCAGGAGGAUGUCAUCCAUCUCUUUCAAUCUGGCUCUUUUUCUUUUUUUUUCUUUUUUCCUCCGCGCUCUGUCGUGCUCAUUCCACAGCCGCGCAACGCCUUCCGCGUGAGUGUGUACAUUUGUGCGUAUGAAU